GAGCAGGUGCUUGUUCAGUCGAAUCGCCACAUUUCCUCGGAGACCAGACUGCUUCGCUUGCUCAAUAAGAGACAAACAAAGAAUGGCAGCAAACAAGCCGCAGUCACUGAAACGAGAAACGUGGUUGAGAAUGGAGGUUUUGAUCAGAUUGAUAAAAGGCUGCGAGGAGGAAAUGGCUGGAAGGAGAACAGAGGAGGUUGAAGUGGUUACAACGAGCCCUCCGAUGUUGUUGUGAACUUGUUUUAGUCUACCCGCCGGACCAAAACAAGAUCUCAGAAGCUGCCUCAGCAAAUUAAGCUUAUUACAAAUAUCAGUGUCGUCCAGUGGCAGAUCCGUACAAAUAGAUGGAGAUUUCUUGACCAGUCGAGACAUCACAGCACCUUCCCGAAAGUGAAACUAGCAGGACUCCUGUGUUCACUGCAAUGGCUCCUCUCAAAUUUGUCAUUAAGUGUGGGAACUUUGCUGUGCUGGUGGAUCUCCACGUUCUGCCCCUGGGCGGCCAAGAGGACGCCAGCUGGUUUCCUACGGACCACAUCGAGGAGGUCACAGCCCUGGUUCGAGGUGCUGUGGAGCAGAGGGUUAAGCAGUACACAGAGUCCCUCCACAAAAAAAGACAGCCCAAACAGAAGAAGGAGCUGGCUCCUGCUUCAGCCUUUUUUGUAAAAGGGAAAAACUUCAACCUGGUCGCCAAUUUUCUGAAGCGGCACUUCAACCUCAGAUGUAUUCUCAAGCAGCUUUAUGGGGAUUUGCGUGUGUUUCCUGAACGCUAUGUUGUGUGUGUGAGCUGUCCAGAGGAUGCCUCAGCGCUCCAUGGAAACCCGAGCCUGGCUGCGACUGAGCUGAGUGAACAAAGCAGAUCGGAAUAUUUUUCCAGAGUGGGAGAAACCCAAGAACCUUCAAACAGCCCCACAAAAACAAAGAAGACUGUGCUUCAAAAGAUAGCCAAACAAGCUGGUGUCCAGCGAGAGCUCUGUGGUUCCAGUAUGGGGGAGCAGCAGAUUGACCAGAGAGCCUGUCCCAAAACCCAAAGAGGGGAACUUAAAGCUGGAGAGUCAGAAUCAAGCCCAAAAGAGUCCAGCUCCGGACAGAAGGCCAUCCCAGUGGCAUACCACAAGGUGCCUUGCCCCAUUUCCUUAAAUGAGGCCAUGGCUCUGAUUGUGACUACUCAAAAGCAGGAUCUGACCCAGGCGCAGCAAACUGAGCAUAGUCCUCCAGACAGCAUCAACCCAAAUGGGGCCUCAGUAGUUUUCUGCCAAAAUGAAACCAGUCAGGAGACAAGCAAGAGGUGCAAGCCGAGCGAUGCGGGGGAAGACCCUCACCCACAGAGGGCCAAGAGGACGUGCCUUGGAAGACCUCCAGCCACAAUGCAAACUCCCUCCACCACGUGCUCCACACAAACAUCCAAGCAUGAACUUCUUCCUCUGCCACCCCUUCCUCCAGUGGUAGCCAAGGCAGAGUCCGAGGCUUUCCCAGUCUCCGAGUGCAAGAAAACCACACUGGAAGUAGAGCUGCUUACUCUAGGGAAACGGGCCCAGAGGCUCCCCCUCGCAAGCAAUAACACGGCACAGACAAACCAAAACAGGCUGGCCGCAAGUCUGAGGGGCCUAUCUGUCAAGCCUGCAUCCUCAGGCUCCUCUAUUAGUUCCAGAUCCACACUCGGAGAGGAGGGGAGUGAAAAUGUGCCCAGAACCUCUAGAUUACGACGACUGAAGAGGUCCUGAGGGGGAGAGACAAGCUACAGUAAAGAUGCCUGACGCCACAGAGAUAGAGAUGAUAUUGUGUCAGGCUGGAUGUUUACCCCAUGCAGUCUCCUCAGAUGACAUGCAUUUGUACACGCGUCACAUUUUACUACAAUAUGCAUGUUUCACAUGUGCCGUGAAUAGUGCAGCAGACACACACACGCACACACACGCACACACCUCUCAAAUGCUGAACAUAUUAUGGCAAUUGAUACAUGAGCGUUUGAGUUACGCUUUGUCAAAUACUUGAAACAGACUUUGCCUCCACCCAUAAGAAGUGGUGGUCAAGAAAGGCUCGCAAAUGAAAGUCAAAAACCUUUAAUUGGAGUUUAGAUUUGGUUUUGUGUUAAAGAUUGGGGAUUUCAGACAGGCAGGAGCCAUGCAGUACGUCAUGGCUUUCAGUCGGAAAUACUGGCUCCUACGUGUCUGAAAACUGUCCAGUUUCCCCGCUGAAGCUCUGGCGUGAUUGAUUGCCGUUUCCAGAUUUAUUUCAUCACCCCAUUCUCAAAAAUGUAUUUUUCUAGCUAGUUUACAUUCAUAUACAAUUUGCUCUCUACUUGGUUGCUAAGCACCUGAAAUGUAUCUUUAAAUUUGAGGGUAUUAUUAUGCAGCGUUUAUAUUGAACUUGAACCAAAUAUGUGCGAGUGUGAGUAAUAUUGAAAUAUUAGUGGUUUUAUUUGGGAAUAGCAGGACGUCUACAGUAUCACAGGUUAAAACAUAGAUGCUGUCGUCGUCCCAACACUCGUCAGGGCUGUUCAUAUCAAUCAGUUUGCCCUGUGCAGAGAGAGCAUGGGGCAACUAGGGGCCAAAAGCCACUCAUACUCUGAUGUUCCACUUGAUGACAUAAUGCUGCCUGAAUAAAUUACUCCUGAUUUUUAAUUUUACUGGAAAAACAUUUUAUUCAGUAAAUAAAUGUGUUUAUCUCUCUGAAUCUUUGUGGAAAAAUGCAAAUAGGAUGAUCAUUUUCGGGAAGCAGCCGACAUAAAAUAACACGUAGAUGUCUUCACGUUGUUUUCCUCACACUCAGUCCAGGCCGGCUGAUGCUCAUGGCAGUUUGACAGCGAGAAGGUCUGUCCAACAACACUGAUGUUGCUAAUAAACCAGGACUUCUCUGUUCCCAGUCUCCGUCAGUAUCAACGGGUGUAACCUGAGAUGAGUCACUAGCAGAACGCCAAUUCUGUUCUUAUCAAGACAGAGACAAUAUGGUGGAUUGGUGAAACUGACAACACUGUUUUUAUAGUGCAUUCACAUGUUCCAUGGAAGGUUUCCCACGUUGGGAAGUCGUUCUUUCGACUUCUGCGUGUUCAUGACCUUAAGUCGUAACAUGGAAACAACAUGGUCACUACAAAGAUAUGUUGUAUUUUUUUGCGCAGAGCGUUUAAACAUGUUAAGCCAUUUUCAGUAUGUGAGCAAAAAUAAAGUGUCAUCAACUCAA